AUUCAUUCAAAACAAACUCCUAUUUGGUGUUUAAACAUCCAUCUAUCUUGAUCAUCAAUCAUCAUGGCUUCUUCAAGCAAAUUUUCAAUGAUCCUUUUAUUAUCUUGCUCCAUCUUCCUCCAAGGAAUCAUGGGUGAAAUAAUUUGCGACAAUUUGCCGGUAGACGUGUGCGCAUUUUCAAUAGCAUCAUCGGGGAAGAGAUGUUUGUUGGAGAAUUUCAAGAACGGAGACGGUCAAAUGGAAUUCCAGUGCAGCUCGUCGGAGGUGGUGGUUCCGAUGAUGGCCGAGCAUAUUGAGACCCAAUCUUGCAUCGCAGCCUGUGGAGUUGACCGGAAAACCGUCGGAAUAUCAUCCGACGCUUUGUUGGAGCCACAAUUUACGUCUAUGCUCUGUUCCAAGGACUGUUUUUAUAAUUGUCCCAACAUUGUUGACCUUUACUUUAACUUGGCAGCCGGGGAAGGAGUGUUUCUACCGGAUUUGUGUGAGAAACAGAGGACACACCCUCACAGGGCAAUGUUGGAGCUAUCGAGCUCGAGUGCAGGCCAAGUCGCGAUUGAAUCUGCACCUAGCCCGGCCUCUGUCUCUGCCUCUGGUAUCGAUAUGGCUUUUGCCCCUGCUUUUGCCCCGGCCCCUCAUUUCUUUUAAGAGAUAUUUAUAUUUGAAUAAUUCAUUGUUGUAAUGAAAGUUAUAUUUUGGGUUCUUGGGACUAUGGCAAUUUUUUUUGUGACAUCUAAUAAAUAUAAAUUCAUAUUCAUUUUCU